UUAACCUUAAAAAAAAAAACCUCGAAUGAAAGAGCAACUUCGAUAUCAAAAUAAUUCGAUAUUUUUCAACGUCACUUCGCAUCGCUACUCACGGACACACAGUCAGAGAUUCAAGAAAUGAGAUACGACAGUUAAUAAAGGUGAAACGAAGAAGUUUCAUAAAAAAAAACGUCAGUUGAAAAUUAAUGGAAAUAAUAAUAAUAUCGGAAGCCGGGUUGGAUUAAAAGUUUCUCAUCAUGUCGUCAAGUUAAUGGAAAGUUUAAUUUUCGUAUUUUUAAAAGGAAUAACAUCUUCAAACGAAUAAAAAUGUUACAUUUAAAUUCGUGCAAAAACUUAUCCUACCACUACGAUCUUCAAUCUCAGACUGUUGUUCCUCCCAAAUAAGUCUUGUACAACGCAAUCUUCUUGGUCCCGGAAUAUGGCUUCGUCAACGAAGAGAUCUUGGAAAUUACAGGAUUUUGUUGCCCAUGCAUCAAAUGUUAAUUGUUUGGCAUUGGGACACAAAUCUGGUCGUGUUUUGGUCACUGGUGGCGAUGACAAAAAAGUCAACUUAUGGGCUGUUGGAAAACCUAAUUGUAUUAUGAGCCUGAGUGGUCAUACAACGUCAAUAGAAUGUGUAAGAUUUGGUCAAACAGAGGAUUUAGUAUGUGCCGGUUCUCAGACAGGGGCAUUGAAAAUUUGGGACUUGGAACAUGCUAAAUUAGCUCGUACUUUGACAGGACACAAAGCAGGAAUCAAAUGCAUGGACUUCCAUCCUUACGGGGAAUUAUUAGCAUCUGGAAGUUUGGACACUGCGAUCAAAUUGUGGGAUAUACGAAGGAAGGGUUGUAUUUUUACCUAUAAGGGACAUAAUCUGACAGUUAAUAGUUUAAAAUUUAGUCCUGAUGGACAAUGGAUCGCUAGUGCAGGAGAAGAAGGCAUGGUCAAGUUAUGGGAUUUAAGAGCGGGAAGACAACUCAGAGAAUUUUCAGAACACAGGGGACCAGCAUUAACCGUUGAAUUUCAUCCACAUGAAUUUUUGUUAGCAAGUGGAAGUGCAGACAGAACAGUUCAUUUCUGGGAUUUGGAAUCGUUUCAGCUUGUAUCUUCCACAGAACAAAAUCAUUCAUCAGGAAUAAGGUGCCUAUACUUCAGUCAAGGAGGAGAAUGUCUUUUUGCUGGUAGUCAUGAUGUUUUGAAAGUCUAUGGUUGGGAGCCAGGUAGAACAUUAGAUGCAGUUCCAACUGGCUGGGGCAAAGUACAGGAUAUAGCUGUAGCUCAAAAUCAAUUGAUCGGUGCAAGUUGCCAUACUGCAAAUGUUAUCCUUUAUGUCUGUGAUUUAAAAAAAAUAGCACCAUUAGGAGGAGUAUCGUUGUCUCCAUUUAAUCAUGGAAAUUCUUUGAGGAAAAGUUUUUCUAGAGAACGCCCACCUGAAUUGAAGAAACACACGUUAGAUGUAAGAACAAUAGAAGAAGCAGAUAAGUCAGGCACGGAUCCAGAAGAUGAAGCGACCUAUGCAGAUAUACCUAAUGUUUCUGAUUAUCAGGACAUAUUUCAGCCUAACAGAGCUCAUCCUUCACAACCACAGGUACUACAAAAUCUCUGUACAUCAAUAUCAAAUAUAAGUACAAUAGAAUCAAGCGAAAUGUCAUCUAUGCCAUCAUCAUUGUCACCAUCUCCAACGGUAACAACAUUGUCACUAACCAAACCAGUGCCAGUACGUGUUCAACCGAUAAGAUCAUCGACACCAAUCCAAAGGAAUGUUAUAACCACGACCAGUCAAAUUCGUGCUAAUUUACAAGCAAACAAUAUGCUGAACAGAUCGUCCAAAAAUUUAGCUUCUAUACCACCGCUUAAACAAAACAUUACACCUUUUCCUGGAAAAAGAGCUGCACAAGCUAAUGAAACAAUACCAUCACAGCCUUUGGGUCCACAAAGAUCUAACUCGACUUUAACACCAAGAGUUGCACCAAUGGCAGCUGUAAUACCUGUUAUGGAUGAUGGAAAAUUAAAAAGUAGAGUGCCCAGUCCAGAUUCGCCUAAGCAUUACCUAAAGCGCCAAAAUAGUUGUAGAGAAAGUGAACAAGGCUAUGAAAGUGAUUAUCCUGUACAAAUUAAUAAUAUAAGACAUAGUCCCUCCGAUCCUGCACUAAAUAGACCAAACACAGCGCAAUCAAGGUCAACGUCUUUAAAUAGAAAUUUUGCUAAUUCUGCUACACUAUCAGCCCGAAACACAACGACGACGGGAACCUCAACAUUGAAAAAGAAUAACAAAUUACAAGUACUUCCAACCCCUAAAGUGGAUUCAGUUACACAAUUAAGAUCACCAGUUGAAGAUAUUGAUAAGGAAGAAUUAGUUCCAAUAAGUGCUGAUAAACCUUAUGGUUUAGAUGUUGAAACAUUUUUACCAAAAAGUAGUUACGCAGGAUCUCCAGGAUUAGCGUAUUCGCAAAUGGGAGUAUUAGCAGAAAUGUCGGAAGCAGAAGUAUUAAAUAGUAUGAUGCGAGGACAUGAACCAAUGAUGACUGUACUCACCAGUAGACACCGUUCUUUACAAAUCGUCUAUUCCCUUUGGCAUAAUAAAGAUCUUAAGUCAGCGAUAGAUUCAGCAGUUGCAAUGAACGAUCUUGCGAUUAUCGUUGAUCUUCUGGGUAUAUUAACGUUGAAACCAACCAUCUGGAAUUUGGAUUUGUGCAAUUUACUUCUCGGGCCUAUAGCUGAACUCGUUCAAAGUAAAUUCGAAAUGUACAUAACCGUAGGUUUAUCGGCAUUGAGACUUAUUUUACGUAAUUUUGCUUCUGUAAUUAAAUCCAAUAUGGAAGCACCUCUUCACACCAUAGGCGUUGAUGUUUCACGAGAAGAACGAUAUAAUAAGUGCCUGUCUUGUUACGAAAAAUUAUCAACGAUACGUGGUAUACUUUUGAAAAAGCAAUCAGCACCAGGUAAAUUAGGAGCAACCUUUCGUGAAUUAAGUGUCCUAAUCAGGAGCCUCGAGUGACGAAAACGACAGCGUCUAAGACGUAUAUGAACUUCUAUUAUUGAACUAACAUAUUAUCAUAAUCAUCAUCAUCAUUAUCAUCAUCAUCAUCAUCAUCAUCAUUAUCAUCAUAAUCAUCAUUAUAAUAAUCAUCAUCGAUUCGCAUUUAGAGGUGGGCUGUUUAAAAGGCCAACGUAUGAAUGAGAAAGACAAUCAUCUUCUUUUGAAGAAGAAGACGAAGAAGAAGAAAGUGCCUGUUGUUUUAGUUGUUGUUGUUACUUCAGUGUAUUAACCAACUUUUCCACUGAGGUGUUUCCAAAAAAGAAGAAGAUAAAGAAAAAAAAGAAAAAAAAACAAGGCACUUGGAUUUUUCGGUCCACUUGAUAUAAAAUAUUUUCUUCCUGUGUCGGUGAUGUGAACAUAAAAAGAGAAAAAAAAACAAAAAAAAGAAAAAGAAAAAGAAAAAAAGAAAUGAAGUAACAGUAUUGAAGAAGAAGAAUUAAAUAAUGAUGGGAGUUUAAUAACUGUUAAAACUAAAUUUUGACUGAAUUAUAAUAUUGAUCGUGUAAUUAUUAUUAUUAUUCUUAUUAUUAUUAUUAUUAUUAUUAAUGUUAUUAUUAUUAUUAUUAUUAUUAUUAACGAUCAAUAUACGCGUAAAUAGUAUUUGUUAUAAUCGAUUAACACAAAAGAGAAUAAUGUGAGUGAAAGAAGAAAGGGAAGAAAUGACAACGUAAGAAAAAAAAAAAA